UUCCGUUUUCUCAUGGAACAAGGCAUGGAUUGCUGUCUGUGAAGGCCUCUGAUUCUGGUGCUGCGGUGCUCGUUGACAAGUCCGAAGCAGAGACUGUUCAUCGUCUCAAAACUACGUACAAAGACAAAAUUGUUCCUUUGCUCAUGGAGGAGUUCAAUUACACCAAUAUCCACCAGGUGCCGAAGAUCGAGAAAAUUACAGUUAACUGCGGUAUUGGUGAUGCUGCACAAAAUGCAAAGGGUUUGGAAGCAGCAAUGAAUGAUCUGGCUCUGAUCACAGGGCAGAGACCGAUUAAGACUCGGGCUAGGGCUUCUGUUGCCACCUUCAAGAUUAGGGAAGGUCAACCACUUGGGAUAGCCGUGACACUCAGAGGAAAGGUCAUGUACAACUUCCUAGACCGAGUUAUCAACUUAGGACUUCCUAGGACAAGAGAUUUUCAAGGUCUGAACCCCAACAGCUUUGAUGGCAAUGGGAACUACAGCGUCGGCGUUAAGGACCAGGGUGUGUUCCCGGAGAUCAAAUACGACGCUGUUGGCAAACCUAGGGGAAUGGAUAUCUGCAUAACGACAACGGCUAAAACCGAUCAAGAAGCGCAAAAGUUGUUAGUUCUUAUGGGCAUGCCAUUCAGAGAGGGAGGUGGUCCUGCCUCUACAAUGCGCAAGAAGAAGCUCAAGUCUCAUCAUUUUGAUCCAAAAGCAAAGGGAAGAGCAAGGAAGUAAAUAUUGUGUUGUAUACUUUGUUUAAUUUAGAUGUAAUAAUAUUCUUGAUUCUUUUUGUAAGAGGUAUGCCAUAUGAUUAUGUAGAUCAUGGUUGCUAACUUAAUUUCGGUUAAAUUCGAGGAUUUUUAUUUAUUACUAG